AUGACUUCAACAACAUCACCACCCAUGCCAAACAUCGGCGGCCUGCUAGCCCCCAUUCUGCCUGCCCUUCCCCCCGCCUCUAUUUCCACACAGCCAGCAAUCGGUGUUUUGCCGUUGCUGAGCCCAAUCUUGAGGCAAAGGGUACAGCUUCUUUCUGAGUCCAGCACCGAGCCCUGGAUUCGCCUGCUCGCCUACGACACGGACAAAGCCGCGCGACUGAACGAGAUUGUUCAGAGCGGUCGGCUAGAGCCGCAUCCCGUAUCGGGCGAGGUUGAGGUUGAUUGGGAGUACGAUGCGAAAACCAAGUACCGUCGUCUCGACUUGGAGACGCUGCAGGCGCUGGUCGUGCUCGAAGAGCUCGAGUUGACAUUCCGGCUGAUUUAUUGCGUCGGCGACAAGGACGGCGGCGGUGACGGCUGGAGAGUGGGUGAAGUCAGCGUUUCUGACAAGACAUCUCCUUUCGGCGACUUUGGUGGAUACUCGACCAUCGCUGAGGCUGAGAAGGCGUACGCGGACUCGAAGGUCUCGAAGACGGCGGCCGCAAAUGCGCCGACCGCCAGCUAUGGCCAGGAUGCUGGCGAGGCAGACGAGGAUGAGGACGAUGGCUACUGGGACCGAUACGACGCUACUCCUGCUCGCACGCCCGCCAACGAAUCACCAGCAGUUAAACGGUCUCCUGCACCGCACGUAGCACAGGCAUCGCAGCUCGGCGCCUUCCGUACAGACUCAGCGGAAGAUGCAUACUAUGCACAGUAUGAUUCAGUACAACCGGCGAUGGAUGCUCACGAUCCUGAUGAAGAGGUAGAGGGUUUUGAAGUCGCCCCGCCCUUGGGCCUGGGUACAGUCGUUAGCCAAGACAUUUCGGAGCCGGGCUUUACCGAGACAAACGGCUCCUGGACAAUGGCCGAGCCGCCGCGUUCGCCCUCGAUCCACAGUCAAGACGAGGACCGGGCGGCAGUACUUCUCCACCCGCGCCCGGCCUCGAGUGCCAGCAGCAACGGAAGCCGCAUGAUUGAGAAGCUUGAGGAGACUGCUGGCAAGCAGGAGGCGAACGAGUUUGGCGUGAAGCAGCACGUCUCUAGGAGCAUCCACAAUCUGUUCCUACUAGCGCGCUCGUCUGGUAUUGACAGAGAAGAAUUUGAGCGUCUGGUGAAGACCGAGUUGGACGUUCUCGGUAUGAUCGAGGACAACGAGGCUUGA